AUGCUUUCUGUUCCUAAACCUCCAACUGAACCUAAUACUGGAGGAACACCCUUGAGAAGAGGCCACAGACAUAAAAGAUCGUUUGCAAUUUCGGGUGACUUUGAAUUCUUAAAAAAGGACCCUCUUCGAGACGCGACUUUUCCAAUUGGUUCAGAAGCCAAUUAUGCGGUGGAUUCUAGAGACGCAACUCCAGUGUCUGUGUGUGAUGUAGCAGAGUUGAAGACAGACCUGACGUUUAAUACAGCUAGAUCUGCAUCUACUCACUUUUUAACAAGCCCCAGAUUCUUUAUCACCGAAGAACCAAAAUUCACUGGUGGAUUCAAAGACGUUCCGGACGCCAUAAUCAAUUUGGACGAUGCGUUGAAAACGCGGCCCAGAUCAUUCAAAUCACAUAGACGCACAGAAUCUGCUCCAGCAGACCUUCAACUUUCGUUCAACCUUGAAAGAAAGCUAAAAAUCACAGAAGAGCAAGUGGCAGAAGAAGAAGAGGAGGAUGCUAAUGCAACCUUACUUCAAAUGAAGAGUCCGGAGAACUCUUCUACUGAAAGUUUCCCUGAUAAAGAAACUUCAGACCUAGCACCUCCAAACUCGACAAUGCUACUAUCACCUUUAAGGGCUAGAUGUCCAUCGCCAGUGGCCUCAAGAGACUCUCCCAGUAAAAUUUCUGGAUACAACACUCUCAAGAUAAACAAGCAAAAGGAGCGGUACUAUAACUAUUACAAUAAACAAAUACCGUCCAAUGGAUCUGGAUCCAGUACGAUUGCUCACCAAACAUCUGCUAUGUCGCUAUCAUCCGAAUCAAGUCUUUCAAACAGGCAACUAUCAACCCCAAAUACCCCAGUAUCAGCCAGCCAUGGCCAUGGCCGCAAGUUAACACCAAGGAACAAACCCUUCAAAUAUGAAACACAAAUUUAUGACAUCAGACAAAACAAUCAGGACUCAGAGCUACCUAGAAGAUCUACUGUCAGUACCAUUGAAUCCAAUGACGCUUCUUUCAGCAGACGUCGUCCGUCAACUUCACAAUCAUUGUCUAGUACAGCUCCUCAACUGACACAAGAUGUUCUACUUGGCCAACCAGGAGAUUCCAUAGAAAUAUCUAAUGGACAAUGCGAUAUAUUUCAAGAGCAGGUAAAGUUGACACAGACAAACUCUAAACGCAAAACUGAACGAGAAUGCUCUAAACAUUCUUCCAGCCGCAGCAUUAGUGACCCGUCGCAUAAUAUUCAAGCUAAACCCCAUACUCUGUUGAAUUCUUCAGAGAAGAAGAAAAAGCACGGGAGAUUUAACAUAAUUUCAUCUUUGUUCACAAGAUCUAAGCGUUGA